GAAAUACUACCGCACCCCCACCCCUCCCCCCUUAUGCAGUUCUUGUUCUUGUGGUGGACAGACAAGACAUACAGACAGGAAAACAGCUCCUUACCUUCUUGAAUUGUCAUUAUAGGCAGGUUACACAACUUCAUCGAGCCCCGGCCCUUUAAUCGGAGAAAAAUCGUUUAUUGAUGGCGUUGAAGUUUCUCAACAAGAAGGGAUGGCACACGGGCAGCCUCCGCAACAUCGAAAAUGUUUGGAAAGCCGAGCAAAAGCACGAAGCGGAACAGAAAAAGCUCGACGAGCUCCGCAAGCAGAUCCAUGAGGAACGCGAGCGUGCUGAAUUUCGGCAGCUUCAAGAGCAAGCUGGUCUUAUCCCGAAGCAAGAGCGUUUGGAUUUCCUGUACGAUUCCGGAUUAGCAGUGGGCAAAAAGGAUUCUGGAUUCAAGGCGCUUGAAUCUUUGCCGAAGGCUGAACCCGAGGCUCCUGUAGCUUCAUCUUCUACUGCAAAUCAGCAGUCAGCUGUGCCGGGAGCUUUGUUUGAGGACAAACCACAGUCAGCCAAUGAUGCGUGGAGGAAACUUCAUUCAGAUCCUUUGCUUAUGAUUCGUCAAAGAGAACAGGAGGCUCUAGCUCGGAUCAAGAACAACCCCGUUCAGAUGGCCAUGAUUCGCAAAUCUGUAGUAUCAAAGAAGGACAAGAGCAAGGAUGAGAAGAAGCAGAGAAAAAAACAUCAUAGAAAGAGGUCUAAGCAUCAGAAGCAUUCAUUGUCAGAAAAUGACUCAGCUUCUGAGGAUACUUCUUUGGCUGUGGAUAAUCGAAGAGAGAGCUAUAACAAGCAUUCCAAAUCUGAUAAGGCAGUCCACACCAAGUAUAGUGGCCCUUCUAACUCCAAGUAUGGCAAACGUGAUGACCGUGAGAACACUAAGAAGAAUGAUUAUGAUUCGCGACACAAAGAAACUUCCUAUGAGCGGCAUAUUGAAUCUCGGCAUGAUGAGGAGCAUGGAUAUGAUUCGCGACACAAAGAAACUUCCUAUGAGCGGCAUAUUGAAUCUCAGCAUGAUGAGGAGCAUGGAGUCCACAGGGGUUCCAACUCCAAGUAUGACAAAAGUGAUUAUCGUGAGACUAGUAAGAAGAUUGAUUACAACUCUCGACGCAAAGAUGUUGAAUCUCACCCCGAUAAGGAACAUGGACUCCACAGGGGUAGUGGUGCUUCCAAUUCCAAAUAUGGCAGAAGUGAUGACCGUGGGAAUAGUAGGAAGAAUGAUUAUGAUUCUCAAUAUAAAAAACAUUAUUUUGAACGGAAAUUUGAAUCUCAUCAUGAUAAGCAAAGCCAUGUCAAUUCUUCUGAUAAAUCAUCCAGGAAUGAACCAAGCAACAGGCAUCAAAGUGCUGUUAAACUUUCUGAGGAAGAGAGAGCCGCAAGGUUGAGGGAGAUGCAAAUGGAUGCUGAGCUGCACGAGGAGCAAAGAUGGAAACGGCUGAAGAAGGCAGCAGACAAGGAUGCAGAGGAUGCUAUUCAUGACAAGACAUCUUCUGGAAGAAACUUCCUCGAUGCUGCUCAAAAAAGUGUCUUCGGUGCUGAGAAAGGAGGAAGUUCAACCAUUGAGGAGAGUAUUCGCCGUCGAACUCACUACUCACAGGGAAGUUCUGCCUCUGAUACCAAUGCUUUCCGGCGCUGAUAAUUUUACUACAGAAACCAGAAUUUGUCUUCUUAUCAUAUCUACCCAUAAGUCAACAUUUCUGUAUUCCUGGUAUUGCUUUUUGGUGCUACUGUUCAGUGUUUGAUUGAAUAUUGAAUAAAUAAAGAUUGCUCUUUUUCA